AGUAUUUUUCUUUCUAUUGUUAAAACUGUUGGGGAUUCAUUGAGAUCGACAUUUUUUGUGGUCAAUAUUGUUUUUGUCGAGCAUUUUUCUCAUAUGAAGGUUGUUGAUGGAUCUCAUGGAGGAUGGAAAGCAAUCAAUAUGGUAAUUGUUGUUCCACCAGGUGAAGGGCACCUUCUUGUCCUGCUCUGUGAUUAGGGAUUUGAGGAAGGGUUUGGGAAAUGAGGCAGGGGGGGUUGAGGGAUAUCCUCACUUUCCAGCAAGGGUAAAGCCAAUUUGGCUGAGCUCCAGAUGUUUCACUCCAACGACUACCGUGGACGGGUGGAGACCUAGCUCUGACAUAAGCAUCUCAUGGAAUCUUGAUUAUAAUGGAGACCCAGUUGUUCAACACAAUUCGAAUUGGAGAACUCCAGAUUCUCGAGGCAAUGGCGGAUGAGGACCAGAACCUGCUGGAAUAGAAAAAGCUUCGCUGAAUGCUUUCCGUGCUCCACGUGGUGGCCGUGGGUGGCAGAUUAAGGUUCUUUCGAUGCUUCUGGAUCGGUUUUGGAAUCCGGAUAUCCUCAUUCGACACAAGUAGACAAAUUCAUUUCUGGAUUUGAUUUCAUUUUUUUGUUUAGUAAUUUUUAUAUUCGAUGUGUGUUUUGUGAACUCAAUCAAGAUACAAUUGUUGUUACUAAUCGGCACAAUGCAUGGGAAGGUCUUGUGCAUGAAAAGGUUGAUUCAAGUAGGAGCCAAUGUAUGAUGAUUCAUGGUUUUCGAUUCCUGUUUUUUAUUGAUAGUUAAUACAUCUCAUGUGUACACGUUUCGGAUUUGUGUGUAAUUUGAUGAUUGAGUUUUGUUGUAAAUUAUUUUUUUCCUUGUUAUUUUCCAGAUUUUUUUUGCUUGAGACAUUUUAUAUUUUUCUACAAAUUUGUUGUUUGAUACAAUAUGGGGGUGAUCCAUGAGCGUGAUUGUUGCACUUCCAAAACCUUAUACUUAUAGGGUAUUGUUGGCAGUGAAAGAAGAAAUGUUGAGAAGAAACGUGAGGCUGGGGAGGGAGUAUCUUUAUCGGAAAAGCUUUGAGGGCAAAGAGCAUUUGCUCUAUGAGAAGAAGCACAAAAUUCGCGAAGCUUUUGCAGAGUCUGAUUUUAUUGAACAGAGAAAACCAAUACCAGCCAAGCUCAGAAAUGAAGAGGGGACGCUCCGUCCGGAAAUUGACCCCGAAGAUGAAAAUACUAUUGGUACUACUCGCGACCGACUUGUUCCUUGUUCAACAGUCGCUGAUAAAUAUGCAAAUGCUGCCGAUAGAGAUCCUACGAUUUUGCUUACAACUUCACGUCAUCCGAGUUCUUCCGGAUACUCUAAAAUUGCUUGCAGUAUAAAUUUU